UUCUGGGUCUCUCUCUGAGAGGAGGUUGGAGUGAGCUGGGGAUUGGUCUCUCCUUACUAACAGGUGAUAGGAUGAGAGGAAAUGGUCUCGGGCUCCCCCCAGGGGUUGUGUAGAUUUGGCAUCAGCAGAGUUGGAGGUCACUCAUCACUGCCCUCCGGGAAAGGAACCUCUGGAAAGCACAGCAAGAGGAAACCAACACACAUCCAACAGGCUCACAGCCUCUUGUGCCACACUUAAUUGCCAUGCAAGAGGGAUGCCAAAGCUGCCAGCACUCUGCUCCAGCCCCCAACCAGGGAACCCCUGCCAGCACCCAUAUACUUGUGGCACUCAGCACCAGAGGUGGAGGAAUGGCCAGACCAGGACUCAUAGGAUCCACUCCAGGGUGCUCAGCCGUGGGGACAGGGGCAGGUCGCAGGCAGCAGGAAAGGUCAGUUUGGAUCCAGCACCUCCGGGCAUAACCCACCCCUGCUACAUUUCUGACGGCCAGGUGCCAGCAGCCCAGCCCAUCACCACCUUCAUCCCAGGAAGUUCACAGGCGGAUACUGCGAUGUCAAGAAGUUCUGUGAGAUCGAGUGAGUCAAUCCAGUUUCUGUGGUUCAAGAGCCUGCCUGGGUAUGGGAAGCUCUUUUAUGCUGUGUCAGAGAGAGAAAUACAGCCUGGGGACAUUGUGCUUGUCCCCAUAGAGGACUGGCGCCACCUCGACUUUCUCUUCAAGCACGCAGCUGUGUACCUUGGGGAUGGAGAGGUCAUACACUUCCAGGGACGCGGUGAUAAGAAUGGGGUGGGUGUGGCCAGCAAGCAAGGCUUCGAGGCUAUGAAAAAGGAAAGAGGGAAAUACAAGAUUUACCGGAAAAGAGGUGGGAUCGACCUGGAUGAAUUCCAGAGCAGAGUCAAGGAGGCGAUGAACAGCGAAGCCAAGUACCACACAGUCUAUAACAACUGCAUCCACUUUGCCCUCUGGCUUCUGGGCUUGGGGAACUUCUACCAGGAACUGGUGGAAAUCUCAAGGGAAGAUGGCAAAGAAGAGGCUAUGGCAAGCACUUCUGUAAGGCAGUAUGAGACGACUAAAUUUCUGCUGCACAAGAGAACUCCUGGCCAUGGGGAGGUCUUUGAUGUUGUGCCAGAGGGAGAAGUGCAGCCUGGAGACAUCCUGCUCUUCCCCACGGAGGACUCUGGCUCCCUUGGCUCAUUCUUCAGGCACGCAGCUGUGUACCGUGGGGAUGGAGACGUCAUACACUUCCAGGGUAAGUGCCUGAGCCCUGGCUCACGCCUGCCACAUGGCAGAGGCUGGCCCAGGGCAAUGGCGGCUCUUGGGUUCCCAGGAAUGGCUGGCAAGAGAGACAGCGGCCGGGUCACCAUGGAAGACUUGGAGGCCAUGAGAAGGGAAAGGGGGGAAUGGCGGAUUUACCGGAAAAGAGGUGGGAUCGACCGCGGCGACUUCCGCAGAAAGGUCAGGGAGGCAGUGAACAGGGACAGCAGUGCCGACCUGCCCUACAACAACUGCAUCCACUUUGCCCUCUGGCUUCUGGGCUUGGACAACCUCUACCUGCAACUGGUGGAAAUCCCUAAUGAAGAUGCAGAGGAAGGCUGUGAGUAUGAUCCGCAUCAGCUCUCUAUCUGGUAUCCCUGGAAAGGCAGUGAGGACAUCACAGGGAAUCUCCACCAAUUUUUGGCCCAGAUGGAGCUUACCCACACCCGUCCCCACCCUGACAUUGCAGGGGCAAUGUACCAUGAUCCGAUGGUCUGGCAAUGGCUACUUCACUCUGAGGAUGACCAGCCCUGACCCACACAGGAGCCUCAGCAUUGCCCCACGCACCCCAACACCUCAUCCCAGGGAAGGACCUCUGCUGCGGAGGAGCUGUUCCCUUCUGCUUGCUGGAGCUUCAUUGCCAGGCAUGAAUUAGGUGCUUCAGGAAGGCUGCCUCCAUUAAAUGUCCCCAUUCCCUCCAGCAACAUCUCCAAUGACAAUAAAGCAGAGAGCACAACAGUGCAGAA